AUGGUCACCGUUGUCGAUACGGUCAAAUCCGAAAAAUCAAAACCCCGCCAUCCGGAAAAAGCGCACCGGCCCGACCAGGACUCCGGGCUGAAGAAGCCGGACUGGAUCCGCGUGCGCGCGCCCGUCUCCAAGGGCUUUCACGAGACCAACCGGAUCGUCCAGUCGCACAAUCUGGUGACGGUGUGCGGCGAGGCCGGCUGCCCGAACAUCGGCGAGUGCUGGGACAAGAAGCAUGCCAGCUUCAUGAUACUGGGCGAGAUCUGCACGCGCGCCUGUGCCUUCUGCAACGUGACGACGGGCAUGCCGACCGGCGUCGACAGCGAGGAACCGGUCAACGUUGCCAAGGCCGUCAAGACGAUGGGCCUCAAUCACGUCGUCAUCACUUCGGUCGACCGGGACGAUCUGCCCGAUGGCGGCGCGCGGCAUUUCGUCGACGUGAUCAACGCCAUUCGCGAACACUCGCCGGGCACGACGGUCGAGGUGUUGACGCCCGACUUUCUCCGCAAGGAUGGCGCGCUCGAAAUGGUCGUUGCGGCACGGCCCGACGUCUUCAACCACAAUCUGGAAACGGUCGCGUCCAACUAUCUGACCGUGCGGCCCGGCGCGCGCUAUUUCCAUUCGAUGCGGCUGUUGCAGCGGGUCAAGGAACUCGAUCCGACCAUGUUCACCAAGUCGGGGAUCAUGGUGGGGCUGGGCGAGACGCGCAACGAGGUGCUGCAGCUGAUGGACGAUCUGCGCACCGCCGAUGUGGAUUUCCUGACGAUCGGCCAAUAUCUGCAGCCGACCAAGAAGCACCACAAGGUGAUGGCCUAUGUCACGCCGGACGAGUUCACCUCCUACGAGACGGCGGCUUAUGCGAAGGGCUUCCUGAUGGUCUCGGCCAGCCCGCUGACGCGGUCGUCGCACCAUGCGGGCGAGGAUUUCGACAAGCUGCGCGCCGCGCGCGCCAAGAAGCUGGCAGCCGCCGAGUAG